UCUUUCUUUUGUGUGCGUCGUGGGAAAAACUGUACCUUUUUAUACAUCUUCUUUUGUUCUUUCUUUCUUCUUUCUUUCUUCUUUAAAAUGUUAUCUCAAAGACUUGUUCAUCAAACACGUUAUGCACUGACUCGUCAACCAGCUGCAUUUCAUUCUGUGCUUAAAUCUCAUUAUCAUUCUCUUCAUGAAGACAAUGCUUCUGUCAUUCCUAACCGAGUAGAAACUGCCAGUGCUUCAUUCAAAGAGAACGCAGAGAGAAUGCAAAGAUUAGUGGAUGAUUUGAACCUCAAGACAGAAAAGAUCAAGUUGGGAGGUGGAGAAGCUGCUCGUCAAAGACAUUUGUCUCGAAAGAAAAUGUUACCCAGAGACAGAAUCAAUCGUUUGUUGGAUCCAAAUUCUCCUUUUCUUGAAUUGUCUACUUUAGCAGGCUAUGAACUCUAUGAUGAAGAAGUACCUGCUGGCUCUAUCAUCACUGGUAUUGGACGCGUGAAUGGGGUUGAAUGUAUGGUGGUAGCCAACGAUCCAACUGUCAAGGGUGGAUCCUAUUAUCCCAUUACAGUCAAGAAACAUCUUCGUGCUCAAGAAAUUGCAAAAGAGAAUCAUUUGCCUUGUAUUUACCUUGUUGAUUCUGGAGGAGCCAAUCUUCCUCGACAAGCCGACGUCUUUCCUGAUCGUGAACAUUUUGGCCGUAUCUUUUAUAACCAAGCCAAUAUGUCUUCAAUGGGCAUUCCUCAAAUCGCUGCUGUCAUGGGUUCAUGUACAGCAGGUGGUGCGUAUGUACCUGCCAUGGCAGAUGAGAGUAUCAUUGUCAAGAAACAAGGUACCAUCUUCUUGGCUGGACCUCCUCUUGUGAAAGCAGCCGUUGGUGAAGUCAUCAGUCCCGAGGAUUUGGGUGGUGCUGAUCUCCACUGCCGCACGUCUGGUGUCACAGACCACUAUGCCCUUGACGACGAACACGCGCUUGUCUUGGCCCGUCGUAUUGUAGGCACACUCAACCGCACCAAGAAACCCCAACUUGAUCUCUGUGUCCCUCAAGAACCCUUAUACUCACCUGAUGAGCUUGGUGGCAUUGUCGGCGACAACCUCAAAAAGCCCUUUGACAGCAAGAACGUCAUUGCUCGUAUUGUCGAUGGCAGUCGAUUUGCUGAGUUUAAGGAAAACUACGGUACCACACUCGUCACUGGGUUUGCUCACAUUCAUGGUAUGCCUGUCGGUAUCGUCGCUAAUAACGGUAUCUUGUUUUCUGAGUCUGCCUUGAAGGGUGCUCAUUUCAUCCAGUUGUGUUCUCAGCGUGGUAUUCCUCUUGUGUUCUUGCAGAACAUUACUGGUUUCAUGGUAGGUUCUUCUGCUGAAGCAGGCGGGAUUGCCAAGAAUGGUGCCAAGUUGGUAAAUGCUGUCUCGUGUGCUCGUGUGCCCAAGUUCACUGUGAUUACCGGUGGUAGUUUUGGUGCUGGUAAUUAUGGUAUGUGUGGUCGUGCUUAUUCUCCUCGGUUCUUGUGGAUGUGGCCUAAUGCUCGUAUCUCUGUCAUGGGUGGUGAACAAAGUGCUAAUGUAUUAGCACAAAUCACGCGAGAAAGUAAAGAAAAGAAGGGCCAAACAUGGUCUGAAGAAGAACAAGAAAAGUUUAUGGCACCUAUUCGUGAAAAGUAUGAAGCUGAAGGUCAUCCUUAUUUCUCAAGUGCCAGAUUAUGGGAUGAUGGUGUCAUUAAUCCUCGAGAUACUCGUACUGUGCUUGGUUUAGCACUCAGUGCUUCAUUGAAUGCACCUAUUGAGAAGACGAACUUUGGUGUCUUUAGAAUGUAAAGAAUUAGAAUGUCUAAAUGAACAAAAAUAAAACAUACUGUUUCCCAAAAACAAAA